AUGAAGGUCCUUGCUACCCUCAAUCUACUUGUUCUGGCCCUCCGUGUUGGUUCUUUUAUUGUUGAGGCCCAUGACGUCCGUGGUGAUGAACGCUCCAACAAUCUUCGCACCAGAACGGAGACUGCAAGAACUAUCAGCCAUCAUCAUGAGGCGAGAAACAAUGAGCCCGAGGCGAGAGGUUGGUAUGAAGAUAUGUAUGAAAGCAAGGGGCUCAAAUGUACUGACGUUCCAUAUUGGGCGGGCCAGGAUGGCUAUACCUGCAAAGAGUACGAGGGUACAAAACGAUGCAGUUUCCCUGAAAUGAAGGGAUCUUAUGGCAAAACUCACAUGGAAGCCUGCUGCUUGUGUGGUGGAGGCACAAAGGAGAAGCUCCCAACUCCAGAGGGGAAGCUUUGCACUGAUGUAAAAGAUUGGAAGGACCCAAGCGGCAGUGGUUGUAGCAAGUACGAUGUAUUGAGUUGUACGGGUAAUAUGAAAGCUGUAGGAUCGUACGGCUUGGCUCCCCACCAAGCCUGUUGUGUGUGCGAGGGAUAUGCAGAGUCAGUUGACCUUCUGAAUGAUCUCAAUGAUCUCAAUAAGCUCACAAGUCCAACCACAAGUCCUCCAAGUGCUGCUCCUUGCGUCGACGAUCCAGACUGGAAGAGCACAAGCGGCCGCGGUUGUAGCUCGUACAGUGAUUCUUUGGAGUGUAAGACGUAUGAUUCUUUUGGAAUGGAUCAGCGUGGGCCUAUCGGAGACGUUUGUUGUGAAUCGUGCAAGAAAAAACCCAACUAUAACGUAGUUCUCCCCUUCGAUAUGAAGCCGCCCGAGGCGAUGAGAGCCGGUCAUCAUAAAAGGAGCAGAACCAGUGACGAGAACCCCGCGGCGAGAGGUUAUGAGAAUGUUGAGGGACGUAGUUGCGUUGAUUAUGACGGUUGGAAGGAAACAAACUAUGGCAGCAACUGCACCUGGUACGACCCAAAAACCAAUACAGACGCCUGCACUGAAUAUGCAUCUGACGUCGGAACAGACAACAAAAAUGUCACGGAAGCCUGUUGUGUUUGUGGAGGAGGCAGCACUGGCGGUUCGGUUUCAAACUCCACCGCCAAUGCUGCCCAUCCUGUUGCAGUCACAGCUUCCACCGUUGCUCCGGGAGCUGCUGGUGGCGAUGCAGCCAAAUGGGUCGAAGCUCACAACAAACGCCGCAAGAAGUAUUCCAAAGAGUGGGGCUACGAGUACAAGGCAGUUGGAUGGAACGAGGACCUUGCCGCUCAGGCUCAAGCUUGGGCGGAUCAUCUAAUUGCCAAGGAAUGUGGCAACAUCCCCCAUUUGACAAAGAAGUGUAGAACGGAAGGAGAGAACAACGCCCAAGAGCAGAGUGACCCUAGACCCCCAGUCAAAAACAUCGACGGCGUGCUCACUGCUUGGACUGAAGAGGAAAUCGCUGGUGAUCCAGCGAUGGCAGAUCAUGCCUCUCAAGUGCUCUGGAAGGACACUACAGCCAUUGGUUGCGGUUAUGCCACUGGUACCUGCAGCGAUGGCUGGGAAACAGCGGUUCAAGUUUGCCGUUACUUCCCAAGUGGAAAUCUCAAUUGCGGUGGCCCCUGCAUUGACGCUGUGAAGAAAAACAUCAUGCAAGUCGAUAACACAAAGCCAAUGAAAUCUACCAGUGACAUGCACAAAUGCCUGAAGAAACAGGAGCAAACCUAUGGUAAAUAA